AUGAGAACCAGGACGUUCCGUUUAACUAUUUAUUUACGUUGUAGCGGGUGCAACAUUGUUGCAGAUGAUGAGUUAAAGAUGGCACUUUCAAAGCCUAUGCUUCUUCUUUCUCCCAUGUUUGUGUACAUGGGAAUGGAAAUGACCUUUUGGAUGAAUGUUUAUGGAACGGCACUGGGCUAUACACUGCGUUUUGGCACCGAACGAGAGCGACUGGUUGGUCUAAAUGGAAUGGUGGUCGGUGCUGGACAAAUCGCCGGGGGAUUUAUAUACGGUUUGUCUGCCAACUGGUUUCGCAAACGUGGCCGCGAUUUGGGAACGUUGAUAGCUUUAUUGCUUCAUUUUGCUGCUUUCUAUCUUGCCUUUGUAACGCUACCCGACACGGCUUCUCUGGAGGAAACCGACAAGCGUUCCUACUUUGCCAUAGACUCCUCCCUUGCCAUGAUUUGCUCGUUUCUUCUCGGAUUCGGCGACGCCGGUUGGAACAAUCCGCUUUUCUCGUUACUGGAUACACUGCAUCCACACAAUCCUGUGGCGGCAUUCGCUGUUUUUCAAGGGUAUCAGGCGAUUGGGAACCUAAUCUCCUUUGCGUAUUCAACAUGCUUAACUCUACCCUAUCAGCUAGCGAUUCUCGUGGUGGCCGGUGUCGCAGGACAAUUUGGUUUCUGCAUUGUGGAAUGGAAGGCAGUGUCGGACGAAGUGAAAGCGCACAUGUCUAAGUGUGCUUCGGUGGCCUCCCAGUUAUCUGAAGGAACGGUUGCCACUUCCGUCUGCGAUCUGGAUUUAACGGAAACAAAAGUUUAA